AAAGAAAAGAUAAAAUGUUUUUAGACAUAUUUGUGGAUUAUCCUUUCACCUGCGAUAUCCACAAGAUAGAAUUAAGAAAUGUUUUUGAAAACAUUACAAUAAAUAUUUUGGUAUAUAGUUGGUGCCGCUCAAUUAAUCGAAUUUUAUCAGGUAAAAUCCAAUAUCGUGAUGAGGAUGAUGAAACUAAACUUUCAGCACAAAUUUAUUACAAUAAACAUAAACAUAAGUAAAUAUGAUUUUUAUUUAAUUCCAGGUCGCCUACUAAGUACUUUCUAAAUGUUCCUACAUAACGUUGUUCUGUUGAGUUGUAGUAAUCUGUGUUGUAUUUCCAUAUUUCAAUAAAUAACUAUUUUCUACAUUCUGUGGCUAUAUUUUGUAAGUACGUACGUAUGAACAAAUUCCCCUAGAAUAUCUAUAGACGGUUAUUCGUCAUCUCGACACACUAAACUCACCACGAAUGUGUCGAGUUGGUGAAACUCAAAAUUUGUACAUUUAUCAUGUCGUCAACUCGCCACGUCAAGAUUUUAAUUCGUGUCCAGUUAGUGAAACUUAGAUUUUAUCACUUUUAUGUUUUCGCCAAGUUUGGGAAUCAACUUUUCGCGUUUCAAACGUUUGCAAAAUGGACGUUCAGUGGCCGAUGAUGUUUGUGACACAAUGUAUCCAGUUGGCGAAAACAUAAAAGUGAUAAAAUCUAAGUUUCACUAACUGGACACGAAUGAAAAUCUUGAGUGGCGAGUUGACGACAUGAUAAAUGUACAAAUUUCGAGUUUCACCAACUCGACACUUUAAUGGUGAGUUUAGUCUGUCGAGAUGACGAAUAACCUGUAGACAAUACUGAUGUAUACAUGUGUGUGAAAUGGGAUGUACGCACACAUAAACAAUUUGUUUCGGCAGACGAUACCAGAUGGCGCUUCAAAAAUCGUUUGAAGGUUGCAGAAAAAAAUCGAAGUGGGUUCUCUAUUCCCAAUCUAUUUACUAUACUCUAUGAUUUACUGGCAUGGGGAUGCAACUGAAGUACAAUAAUUUUCUGAGGUUUUUUUUUAGAAAUGCGCCAUCUAGUGACGGAUGCCCCGUAACUUGGGUAUUUGUACUUCGUUUUAGUCACUAGAUGUCACUGCACCUUAGACCGAUAUUUCAUCGAUUUAAUAACAAAUCUAAAAAAAGUUUUGUGAUUAGAAAUAUUAACAAAUAUUGUAAUUAAAUAAUUUUAUGAUUUAUUUUUAAUUCUUUUUUAUCUAUGAGGACGUCUUAGUUAAUCACAAUAAUCACACUACUUGAAACCACUUGAAACACUGACGAUUGACAUUGACAGUCGACCAUACUUUUAAAUUAAACCGUUUUCCGUUUUCUAACGUGUUGGUUUAUUCUGAGUGUUAUUUUCUGGUUUUUUUAUUACGAUUGUUGCGUGUUCCUGGACUCUGAUACUGACUGCUUCUGUGAUUGACCUGGCUUCGUAUUUUGGACCUGUGAUCUACUGCAUUUUCAUUGACCCGGCUUUGUAUUUUGGAACCUCGAUCGACUGCUUUUACAUUGACCCGGCACCGUAUUUAGGACUAGAAAAUGCGUCCAGUGGAUCGUCUUAGGGGCGGAAUGCCAUCAACGUCAAGAUAUAAGUGCUACUUUGAUUGUGACAAUGACGGCCCAUUGCACCGAUUUCCUAAACCUGAAUACCCACAUUUGGAAAAGUUUAACUCGUGGAAAAAAGUACUAGAUAAAGCUUUACAAGAGAAAGGCGACAUCUACAUUUAUAACCAAAUUCGAUUUUGCGACAGACAUUUUGAAGAGUGUUACCGUUCAGCCAGUCACCGACUUACUCCAAAUGCAAUACCAACUCUAGAUUUAUCUACAUUACCAGUUGGUCAAACUCUUGAAGGUCCAUCGGGACAUGUCGAGGCAGACAUGUCGAAUUUAUUAAACAUUUCGCAAGAUAAACUUGCUGUCAUUGAGCCAUCCAGCUCUACCCACUAUCAUAGUGAUGUACAGAAUGCAUUACAGACAGCUGAACGCCCUAAAGGUUCUAGGAAAAGAGGGACUUGUCAAUAUUUAAAACGAGUCGUCACCUCCAAAGAGAAGGAGAUAAUAAAGUUAAAACAGAAAGUAUUGAAGCUGAAAAGAAAUAUAAGGAACAAAAUAACAAGAAACUCUCUGCAAGGAAAAUUUCCACAUCAAAAUCAUUUUUGAAAGAGUUAAAUAAAAUGCCUGCAACAAUAAAAAUAUUUACUUCCCUCCAAAUGAAAUGGAAAAAGAAACCACGAGGCAGGCGAUUUACAUUUAACGAAAAAUCAUGGCAUUGACC